CCACCGACCAAAUGGCCGGAGCAAAACCCCACUUUGCGCCGCACGCCGCCUACGCCCAAGCACCCGCCUCCCCCUCCGCCUCCACCGAAUCCGACUCAACCGUAGAUGCCGACGCCGACGUCGUCGUCUUCCGCCUCCUCCUGCCGCGGGCCUUUGGCGACGAAGACGCCAUGCGCCUCUACGCCGUCGUCGCCCCUCUCCGCCGCCACACCGCCGGGCUGCACGUCCGCGUCGAUGCCCUCGAAGGAUACCCCGAAGAUGCCGCCAGCCGCGUCGCGGUGGUCCUCGGCCCCACCUCCCCCACCCGCCCCGUCGAGGCCUCCUCCUCCUCCUCCGGCGAGCCCCUGCAGCUCUCACCCGCGCAGGAGGCCCUCGUCUCGGUCGUAGACGUCGGCGGGGUGCUCCACCGCGUCGUGGCCCGGGCCCCUGAGUUCGUGUCGUGCCUGGUCCUGGUGGAGGCCGCGGGACUCGAAGCCCUCGGGAGGGGGACACUGGAGGCGAUCGCCAGCGAGACCAACGCGGAGCUUCGCGUCACGUCGUUGGCGGAGGGCGCGACGCCGAGCGUGCAUUCUCCCAAGGAGGUCAUCGAGAUAACUGGAGACAGAACUACCAUAAGGAAGGCUAUUGUUGCUUUGUCUAGCUAUCUUCAAGGUGAUUUACAUGCUUGCAGCUUGACAACUUCUGUUACGACACCAAGCCCAAUGUUCCCAUGGAAAUCUUCAGAAGUUCCUGAGCCUAAUUAUGGAGAUUUGCACUCAGGGGUAUCCACUAAAUGUGCAAACAUCAAUGUCCCUUGGAUUGAUUGUCCACAAGAUGUUGCAGGAAAUGUCGAAACUGAAAAUCUCCAGCAGAUUUCGUUUAGACUUCUCUGUCAUGUCAAUCUUGCUGGAGGUUUGAUUGGCAAGAAGGGCAUGAUUAUCAAAGGGUUUGAAACUGAAACUGGAGCUUCUAUUGACGUUGGUAAUCCUUUCAGUGGGUGCAUGGAACGUGUGAUAACAAUUUCAGCCUUAGAGAGUCCAGGUAAACACUCCAAGGUGCAGAGUGCAAUCCUUUGUAUCUUUGACAGAAUGGAAGAGGUUGAAAGGAACUUGAUGUUUGGCAAGCCAGAAUGCUCAGCGAGGGUGCUUGUGCCCAAAAGCCAAUUUAGUUCUCUAGUUGGUUUAGGUGGUGCUAUAAUCAAGGAAAUGGUUAAGUCAACAGGAGCAAGAAUUGAGAUUUUGGAUGAGAUGGACGUUCCAGCUUGUGCCUCAAACUGUGAACGAGUUCUGCAGAUCACUGGGAAUCUAGUGAAUGUCAGAGAUGCUUUAUUUGUUGUAAGCGAGAAACUGCGUAAUCAUGCUUUCUCUUCUAAGUGUACCAAGCACGAUGAUGGUAAUGCUACCGCUUCAGAUAUCAUUGAAUCAACUGCAAGCAUGACGGUCAAUAUUUCUUCAACAGACAACUAUUCGACUGACAAUUUCCCAAGGACUGAUCAUGAACCCUCUGUAAUUCAAAUGGAGUCACUCGAGAACUCGUUCAGUGCCUUCCACUUGGGAUCUCCUGGUUCUUUAGAACUUGAGAGUCUUGCUAAUGCUGAGGACACUGGAAUCAUUAAUUUAAAAAAUGAGGGGCAGAAACCUCCUAAUAGGAGUUGUGCUGUUAUCACUGGGGUGCAGAAACCUGCUGAUGGGGAUGACGACAGAAUCAGCAAGUCAAAUCAUGGGAUCACAUCUCCAGACGAAAACCAACUUAUGAGGGUAAUGAAGGAUCCCGUCGUAACUAGAAUGACAUAUGAGAUUGCUGCUUGUGGUGGCAUUUUUUGUCUUCUGUAUAGGGAUAAGGGAAACAACUUGGCCCAGCUCAGACAGGGCGAUGCCUGCCAUCCCCUUCUGGUGUCGUCCCCAUGUCUUUCCUCUAUUCCCUCCCGCAAUCAUGGCGGGAGUGCCAUGGACGCUAGUUACGACACAAACGCUUUGAUUGGAGUUGUUCCGAGGAGUAUCUAUAGACGUAGCCCUUGAUGUCGAUGUCUGUGGAAAUAUGAGAUUGGAACCCUAAAUUGUAUGCCACGAUAUUCGGUGUUGUAUUGAUGUGACCCUCAUAUGGGGUAUAUAUAGAGGUACAAAUGGGGAGAUAGACUUGGAGUAUAAGACAAGUAAUCUCGUUUAAACCGAUUCUAUCUUAUCUCUAAUCCCAACCAUAUUAUAUCUCUAACAUUCCCCCUCAGUAGUAGCUAGAGGGGAGCGGACGAUUGCGACUGGAUUUGAAGUCUUGUGCUUCUUUUGUCUUCUCCGCUUCGCCAUCAACAGUCGCAUCUGUGAUGAUCAUGGUCCGUCACCCAGGGCGGUGUCUCUGUCCCCUGUCUCUCUAUUCCCUCCCGCAGUCAUAGCGAGAGUGUCAUGAAUGCUAGUGACGACGCGAACGCUUUGACUGGAAUUGUUGCCGAUGAGUCGCUGUAGACGUAGAGCCCUUAAAGUCGAUGUUGAGAUAGCCGAUCAUGAUCUAGCCGCGGUCGAGGUAGUCGUGGUCGAUAUCGUAGUCGUCACAGUGGAUGAAGCCGCACAUAGCUGAAGGCGCGAAAAAAAUGCGCUAUAAUGUAGAGACGGAGCUGCAAUCGAAGACGAUGCACCUUGCAGAUGUCAGAGGAUGUCGUCGGAGGCGUCGUGCGGAUGUCAGAGGAUGCGUCAAAGGAGAUGAGACCACCAGUUUUGCCAGGACUAGAGGGAACCCAUCGAGUACGCAUCGGUUUUGCCAGGACCGUGCGCACCGUGCGAUCGCCAGUUUUGCCAGGGCUAGAGGGGAGUCAUCACAAAUAGUGAUGUUCGUGUCGAUAUAGUCGAA